UGGGAAGAAGAGAAGAGUCUUUAUUUUCAAAUCGAUGCCGGUGGUUUUUGUAUUGGUCGCGUAAAAGAAACGAAUAUGGUCAACGGCACCAAGUUACUCAAUUUGACCGGCAUAAGUCGUGGGAAACGCGAUGGGAUCUUGAAGAACGAGAAACAGAGGCAGGUUAUCAAGCAUGGGACGAUGCAUUUG